AUUCGUCCACCGUGGCAAGGAUGGGCGGAUCCUCGACGUGGACGAGUUCCAGGUGGCCAAGGCCCUCCUGGCCGGAGAGCUCGAGCUCUUGAGCCAAGAAGUCGAUUCCAAGCACCUCUUCGAUUUGUGCCUCCAGUUCCGCCACCAGAGCACCGCCGUGGCGAUGAUUUCGUACGGAGUCCCUGUGACUGCCGGCACUGGCGUACUUGCAGAGCGUGCAGAAUGCGGCGAAAGCGCAGCUGCGAUGCCAUUGUUUCGCACUUUGAUUGAGGCCUGCCGCUCCGAGGCAAGUUGUCCAACACUCCUCACGGAGGAGGCGAUGGCCUACCUCCUGGACGUUGCCAUCCUUGUUGGGGACACCGAGCUCGCCAGAUCCUGUGCCCGCCACUGCAAUUGCUUCCCGCUGAGGCGCUGGAGAUUCCAGGAUUUUGCUAGGAUCACCGUAGAGGAACAGUGUUUUCGAACAGAGAUCCGAGAGAAAGACGUCCUGAUUGCAGCUCUGGCCGCCGGGCUCGCACUCCAGACUUUGGCUUUCUGUUAUUCUAGGGACUGGUCCAGUUUCUUGAGUCGCGUUUCGCUGGCGGAAGCCAUCGUACUUUCUGGCGAUGCAGAGCUGUGGCGCCGAGUCGAAAGCCUUCAACUGCAGCUCGGGCCCUGGCCAACGCAUGGAGCCCGAAAUGACAUGGCCCUCUUUCUCCGGGAGCGGGCUGGCAGCCAACACCGGCUGAGCCCGGAGCUCCUGCAUCGGGCCAAGAGGGCCGGUCUCCCACUGGCCACGUUUCAGUGUCAGCUUGGCUUCGGCUGCCAGGCAUGUGGACAACCCUUGGAACGUUGCGCGGCCUCUGUGCUAGACUUGGCGAUCCUCUUUGGGCAAAGCGACUGUGCCCGACUCUGUGGGACGAUGGACAUCAAGGCGACAGAGCUUACGCUUCCAGCGAGCCUUGCGGCGAUGCCUCUGAAGUGGGAGGAGAACUGGUCUCAGUCUCCUUAUCUUCCUGAAAUCGACUGCUGGUGCGGCGUCAGCCCUGUCAUAUUGAGACUUGUAGAUGCCUGGAACGAUAGCUGUGCAUCUCUCCCGGAGCGCCAGGCUGCAGCAGCCGAGGCGCUUCGUGCGGCGCUGCAGAUGUCCUUCCGACGCGUCGCAUGCUCUGCAGGCUUCGGGCUCUUUCAGGCCCUGUGCCACUGGGCUCGCGGGAAGCAGGUGCCGAAGAAUUUGGUGAAGCUGGUGUUGGCUUUCGCAGCGGAACGGUCGUUGCUGGUGCUCGCCUUCGCGGGGCGCGAGGGGGAGCUUUUGACUGGGGGCCAUUGGUGGGAGGAGUCGUCAGAUCAAGAUCCUCAGAGUCCACAGCCAGUGGUGAAGGGUGCCGCGUCACAUGUACAAGUGGAGAGUGUGGGUGUCUCGGACAUGCACUCUGCUGGUGCCGCCGCCGCUUCCAGCAACGAAGCACGCACAACACCAGAUAGCACAACAGAGAAGGAAAGUGGUCCCGACGAGAACUCCACAAACGAUCUCCUCGCGGCCAUCCGAAACAGCAAGAAUGACAAUCCCCCCUUGAGUGGCGAUGGAGUCGUGAUCUUCCGGCUCGGGCGAUGGGCCACGUCCAAUCUGGAAAAGAUCAAUGCCGUCCUCUUCGAUGCGACUGGGCCAUUGGGGCCUUUGCACCAUCGUGUGCUGGAGGCCGGAUGUGAGGUGGCACCUGAAUGGUCUCCGGCCAAAGCCCUCUUCGUACCCUUGACCCAGCCACAGUUGCAGGAGCUCGUGCAUAGCAACAUGUACGAGAUGGGGAAGUUGCACGUGUUGGCCCUCGAGUCGGACAGCCAGCUGAUCAAAGAUGCCUUUAACCUCGCGAUCCCGCGCAAGAUUCGUCCCAAGCUCCGCCGUGAGACUCUGCGCAUCGAUGAGGAGGAAGAACAUGGGACUCCAGACGACGAGCCGUUGCUCGUGUUGGAGGGCGGCGUCCAGACAGACUCAAGCGUGGGCUAUCCCGUCUACACGGGGGUUCCUUGA